AAUCACCCACGCAUUCAACCUGUCUUUAUCAGCCUGAGUUUGGAUAAUCUGCCCCUUUGGCAUACCUACUCGAAUAGUAUGUCUAUCCAGCAGCUACUUCCCGACCUCAUCCCAUCAAUCACCACUCCCCGUCAAACAAGUGGAACACAUACCCCGUCCCUCAGACCACCCCGAAAUCCAUACAAUGACCAAGAAAACUGGACCAUUGCUCGCGCAUAGGGCUUCAACAUCGUAACCGAUCCAAUCUUCGCUUUCUUACAACCAGACACGAUGUAAUACACGUCCUGGCCCACGGUAUCAGGUCCGAUAGGUCUCCAGCUCAUGAACCUGGACACCUCCAGCCACUGGAAGGAGACAUCCAACCACCGCCAUCAAAUGAUGUCCAUCCACAACGAGCUCAGGGAAAUGGACCAUUACUCACUCCCUGCCAUCUCUUCUUCCAGUCCUGUCACUACCGACACCAAUAACCUCAACACACUUUAUAUUCCCAAAAGAAGAAUGAAGCCACAUGGCCUGAAAAUCCCUAUUCAGCGCAUUCUGGUAAGCAAGCUACCUCAAUCGAUACAGCUUCACUAAAAUAUCGACCUUCCCUUCAUCUCCCUUGGACUACUAUUGCCUUAGUCUGCAGACGACGUCGUUCUCUCCGAGAUGGUGGGAUAUCUUUUCUUCGCCCCCAAUCACUUCAGACCCACCUUACUAAUAUGUAGUCGGAAGAUGUACACAGAGAAGAAGAGGUGUUGGCAAUAUAGGAUAAUCACAGCGCCUUGGCAAGAUAUGCUGCGACACUGUAUUUAUGAGGUUUGCUUAGGGCAAU